AUGAUGUCAAUAAAUAAACCUAUGAAUAAUUAUUUUCGUGGUGUUAAAAAAGAGGAAAUUCAAAGGCAGACAAAUUUAUUAAUACAAACAAUGACUAUAGAAGAAUUAUAUUCGGAAAUAUUAUUCGAAAUAUUAAACAAUGUCGGGUGCGACGUGGAAUCCACGGAGGAACAAACGGAAAUAAUUAAUUACCUACAGCAAGCUUUUCAUUUGGAAGAUGACAAACAUAGUUUUCUGUUGCAAACGGCAAAGGAAAAAGAACCGCCAAAUAUUCUUUUGAACGUCGAAGUCAUCGAAGCAAAAGAUUUGAAACCGAAAGAUUGCAAUGGGUUGAGCGAUCCUUUUUGUACUCUUUAUUUAAAUUCAACUCCAACUCAUAGAUAUAAUACUUCGGUUAAAACAGAAACUCUUUGUCCAGUUUGGGAAGAACAUUUUUCUCUACCUGUUCAUAGUCCGGCAGAUGAUGUUUUACACGUGGAAGUUUGGGAUUUCGAUCCGGCGGAAACGAUAAGAGAAAAAAUGACGAAAAUAGGAGACGUCAAAGGAGUCAAAGGAUUUAGUAAAUUAAUAAAAGAAAUUGCCGUAACGGCUUCGACGGGAAAACACGAUAACGAAUUGGUCGGAACGACUAAUAUUCCUUUGAAGGUGAUUCCCGCUUCCGGUCAAACGUUUUGGUUGCAUUUAAAAAAAAAAUCAAAAACUAAAAAAAGAGGUGACGUCAAAUUGAAAUUAUCAUUCAGUUCGGAAAAAAAUUCACAGGUUUCGUUACAGGAAUACAGGCAUCUUUUGAAAUUAUUAUUAUUACACGAAUUGAAUAACACAAAGGUUGAUCCUUACGAAUGGAAUGGAAAUUUUUCAUCACUGGCCAAAGACAUAUUGACUCAGCACAUAGCUCAAAGUGGACUCACUACGUCGUCUGUACUUUUAGCACAAUGGAUCGAAUUUAUAUCCGUUCAUUCGGAUCAUCCUCUUAAUUUUAUAUUAUUUAAAAAUAUAUUAUUAAAAUUGACGACGACGAUACACGCGGGAAAUUUGCAAGACGACGAGCUUAAGCUUUUUUGGGAAGCGACGAAAAAAUUUCUUCCAUCUUGUAUUAAUUACAUAAGGAAAAUUCGUAAAUAUCCUGUUAAUAAUAAAACAAUAACUAACCAGGCGAAUACGGCCAUAAGUAUUUUAUCAAUAUUGAGUGAUUUAAACGUGCCAGAAGACGUGACACUUUUUUCUCGUUCCACGUACGGUUGGUUGAGAGAACCAGAAGAAAACGAAGAUGGUAAAUACGAAAUAAAACAAGUUGUCAAAGAAGCCAUAAUUCAAGGAGCAUCCGAUUGGUACAAUCAUUUAAUUAGUUCAAAUUCUGAAGAAAAGUCUUUAGAAGAUCAGUUACAACUUAUUAUUAGAGUCGUACAAUUUGUAAGAACAGACAUUCAAAGAGCUUUAGAAAGUUAUGAAAAAGUUUUUAAAGAAAACAUGCAGUUUUCUUAUGCCAGAAUUUUAUACGAAUUCUACGAAGAAAAGAUUUCAGAAAUGGCAGAAGACGUGGUCGUGGAAGCAUGCAAACUUCUUAAACCGAUUAAAUUUAAAGAAAUUCAUAACAGGUUGGAAAAUCGUUUCGAAGAAGGUGAUGAUAAUCCAAUGUUAAAAAUGGGAACGACCCUUUUCGAAUUGUAUUUGGGAUUGCAAAGAUUUGCCAUUUUGGGUACCGGUUUGUGUCCGACGGGUAGUUCAUUUAAAAUCAACGAAUUUCAUUUAUGGUUUCAUAGAGGAGUCGCUCAAUGGUUGGACAUAGCUUUAUAUAAGGCAAUGCAAAGAAUCGAAAAAGCAGCCGAAUUGGAUAAUUUAAAACCUGUUGAUUCAAGCGUUAAAUACAGUUCUUCUGCCGUCGACACUCUUGCCAUAUUUUAUCAGAUAAAAAUAUUUUGGAAACAAUUGGCUUGGCCGGAUGUGGAAGGAUCUUAUACUUUUAUAGCUAAAAUCAUAGAUGAUAUUUGCCGAUGUUGCAUAUUUUACGCGGAUAGAAUGACGCGUAAAGUCGAAGGGAUCGGACACACGAGUUCCAUUUACGAAGAUAAAUUUCAAGUGACUCACGAAUGGUGUUUGGCAAUAAAUAAUAUCGAUUACGUGAGAACGUCUAUACCGACAUUUUCAAAGGAUUUAGGUUUGGAUGACAUCAUAUCCGCUUUGGCGGAUUUUCAAAGUCCUUCGGCUGCCGAUCACUGUAAGCAAACGCUCACGAUAAUUGUCGAAAAUGCAAUGGAAACGGUCGGAAAUAAAAUAUUAGAAUUGCAAGACACGGUCGUAUCGAAAAUGUCGCCAUCUAUAAAUAGAUUUUUAAUGGAAGGUGCCGAAUUAUUACACAGGGAAUCGAAUAGCGUCGAAAGGUUGAUGCAAUAUUUGGACGAAAAUUUAAUCAUGUUGAAUAAUCAAUUGAACGAAGAUAAUUUUCAAGGGAUUUUAAACGUUAUUUGGAACACUGUUGCAUUACUAUUAAAUCAACUCGUGAAAAAUAGUUUAGAAAAAAGAAGACCCCCGAGUUUUUUUUCAAAUCUUUAUUUAACACUUCAAAUAUUGAAAAAUUUUUUUAAAAAAACGGAAGAUUCGAAAUCGAAUACGAAACUCGCGUCCAUAGAACACAAUUUGAGACUACACGGAUUGGAAACGUGGGAAUUGAUACAUCAAUUUCAUUUGGAAAGGUUUAAGGAACAGGAAGAAAUGGAAAAUGCAAAUUUAGGUUACGUCACCGUAAGAGGUCAAUUCGUUGAUAAUUUAUUAAAAAUUGAAAUUAUGAAUGCGAGAAAUCUUCAUCCGAAAGAUUCAAACGGUUCUUGCGAUCCUUACGUUAAAAUUAAUUUAAUACCGGAAGAAAAAUUUUCAUCCGUAACGAAACCUCGAACUAAAACACAUAAGAAAACAACAUUUCCAUUGUUUGAUGAAGUUUUUUCAAUGCAAUUGACGUCGGAUCAAAAAAAUAUAGAAAAUUCGCUAAUACAUUUUAUAAUAAAAGAUCAAGAUUUUCUCGGUAACGAAUUUUUAGGGGAGGCUUACAUGGAUUUGAAAAACAUUCCGACAACGGAUUCCUCCGUGAGCAUUCAUUCACUUUCUCAAAUACAUUUAAAACUGAGUCGUCCGACGAAUUUCAAUUCUGAAGCUUUUAAAGCUUUAGAACAUCGCAUAGGUGAUAAAUUAGCGAGAGAAUUUUUAAAAAAACAAAGAACAAAAAUUUCUCCUUGA